UGCUCGGUCUGGAUCAAACCGUUUCCGGGCGACAGGGUACCAGCAGUAAACAUGGCGGAGGAACUGCUGGAAACAGUGGAGAGACUUCAGUCCCGGCUCCAGGAGAACCAGGAGCCCCGAAAGCUGCUGAAGACUCUCAAAAGACUCGGGGAGCUUCCUAUGACUGUGGACAUAUUGGUGGAAACUGGAGUGGGAAAGGCUGUGAACUCCUUCAGGAAACACGAAUUAGCUGGAGAAAUGGCAAAAAAUCUCGUAGCCAAAUGGAAGAAACUGGUUCCUCAGUCUGGAGACAGACCCAACAGCCACGGCUCCAGAUCUCACACACAGGCUCGAGGCCACGAGGCGAGCGGCAGAGGAGACCAUAAACGUCCCCGAGAGCCCUCGCCCGAGGAAGACCGCUCGUACAUAGAGGAGGAAGAGGAGGAAAGAGGCUACCACACCAACUAUUCGCCCUCACCUCCUCAGCACGACCAGUACAGUCCUCCACAGCGAGGAGGGUAUCACUCAGACGAAUACGAAAGCCCUGAACCCGAGCCCGAACCCGAACCCAGCCCACCACCACCUCCUCCCCCUGUUUCCCGCAAAGACGUCCGCCACACCAAACCAAACAAGGAGCCGAGCAAGAACCACCACCACCACAGCGACCGAAACCGAGACGAGGAGCGGCGGCAACGCCACGCACAGACGAGUAGCGAAAGAGAAGGCGGAGGAAGUCAGGGGAAGAAGCGAAGCGGAGACCGAGAGAGACAUCAGAGUCCGGUACAGAAGGCUGCCAAACACAGCAAGAAGUCAACCAUGCAUGACAGCAGGAAGGAGGAGAAGAAGAAAGGAGGAGAUGAAGGGCGACCACGAGUGCCGAAGGACUCUCCUCCUAAGGAGGAAGAAGAGGACUUCGAGGUGCCCACCAUGUCCUUCGAGUCCUUCCUCACAUAUGACGCCCCGACGUCUGUGAAGAAGAAGAAGAAGAUGACACUAUCAGCUUCAUCUUCAUCGCACAGUCGGCCGUCUCACUCCUCCUCGUCAACGUCAUCUUCCCAUCGCACGCGAACACCUCCACCUGCAUCCUCCUCUUCGUCCUCCUCUUCCUCCAAAGCGCGCAAGGCGAACGGCGCUCAGAGUACCAAGAGGACGCAUUCGGGGACGACGUCAUCAAGAUGCAAGGAGGUUUACGAAGCUGUGCCGACUGUUCCUGAAAUCCAGCUGCCAGCGAUUCAGCCCAAUUACAGACCUCUGCCCUCCAUUGACAUCACACCGCUGUCCCCUCAGAGACGCAAAGUUCCUGUGUGCAAUGAAGAGGAUGAUGCAGGCUUCACGGGGAAGCGGUUUAACUCCAAGAUGGUGGUCUACUCAGGAUCGAAGACCGCCUACUUGCCCAAGAUGAUGACGCUGUACGAGCAGUGCAUCCGUGUCCUGCAGAACAACAUCGACUCGAUCGCUGAGGUGGGAGGAGUGCCGUUCGAUAUCCUGGAGCCGGUUCUGGAGAGAUGUACCCCAGAGCAGCUGUACCGCAUCGAGCAGAGCAACCAGUGGUUCACAGAGGAAUCAGACGAGCUGUGGAUGCGUCACUGUCGGCGCGACUUCAAGCGGGAGUCUCCGCAGGAGUACGAGUCGUGGAGGGAGUUGUACCUGAGGCUGCACGACGAGCGCGAGGAGCGACUAAGGAUGCUCACGCAGAACAUCACGUCUGCGCAUGCCAACAAACCCAAAGGACGUCAGGUUAAGAUGGCGUACGUAAACUCUGUUGCCAAGCCGCCCCGUGAUGUUCGCCGCCGACAGGAGAAGUUUGGAACCACCAGCGGUUCGACAGCCAGCUCCACAGCAGCUGCAGCUCCCUUCAAAAUAAGACCGGCUACCACUGACUACUCUGGAGAAUCAAGCCAGUCAUCUUCCUCCCAAAACAACCCUCCUUCCGCUGGUUCAUCCCGCUUCUCUGCACCGAGCGGAGCAGGACACGCCGCCCGGGAAAAACCUCAAGUCAAAAAAAUCGCCCCCAUGAUGGCCAAAACUAUCAAAGCAUUCAAGAACAGAUUCUCCCGCCGGUAGUGUGAAAGAGACUGAAUGUAUUUUAUGUGAUUUUAAUUACAGUGUAGCGAAAUUGGACUGGAGACCCUCCAACCCUGCGCACACACUUUCAGCCCUGCAAACACAUCACAUGAACUUUGCAGUAUUUGUGGAAAAAUGGUUAACUUCCUUUUUUUUUUCUUUGUUUUUUGUGGGGGGAGGUUGAUGUUUUUUUUCUGUGGUGACGUCUGUUUUUAAAUUAAGUAUUUAAAUCCUAAACGAUGGUACACAUGGUAGAAGGACACACACAAACACAGUCAGUCUGUUACUGAAUCAUGUUUUCCAGCAGACGGUUUUUAAAGAAAGAGUUUUUGGGGGAAUUCUUGCUGCGAGGUUAGAUUAGAGGAUUUUUCUAUCGCUUUCUCCGGCAGCAUAAAGACUGGAAAGAGGGGAGCAGCUCGUUUUCAGUUGUAACAAAAUCAGCCCCAACAGAACCUUUAAUUGUCAUUAAUUUACAUGUACAUUUGUACACAGCCAAAACGUGCACAAAAAAAUUUGUGACUUUUUCAAAAAUUUGCCUCAAACCUGCAUUAUUUCUAAUGGCCAGUAGGGGGCGUCUCUGAAAUGAUAUUGUAUAGAAGUCCAUGAGUAAAUUCUUCUAACGUGAUCUGUAAACUCAGUUAAAAUUUUCCUGAAGAGUUUAUGGACUCAGCUGCUAAUUUUAAGUCUUAAUGAAUGAAAAAUAAAAUUAAUGCUGUAAAUUAUUUUUGGUUGGCUAAGUCACUAUGGCUACGUUCACACUGCAGGCGAAAGCGCAUCAAAUCCGAUUUUUUUGACCCUAUGCGACCCAUAUCCGA